AUGCCAGAGGGCAAGGGUCAGGUCAAAUACGCUGUCGUUGCCGUAGACUACUUCACCAAAUGGGUAGAAGCCAAGGCCCUGGCAACAAUAACGGCAGCCAGGGUCGAGGAUUUCGUCUGGACGAAUAUUUGCUGCCGAUUUGGCAUCCCCUACGCCAUCGUCACGGAUAACGGCAGGCAGUUUGAUUCGGAAGUCUUCAGGCAAUUCUGCAAACGACUCAAGAUCAACCUGUUCUUCGCUUCGCCAGCGCACCCCCAAUCGAACAGACAGGUCGAAGCCAUGAACAAAAUUGUCAAGAAGCUGUUGAAACGGCAGCUUGACAAAGCCAAAGGGGCAUGGCCAGAAAAGCUUCCGGAGGCGCUAUGGGCCAUACGGACAUCUUACCGAACGGCAACUGGGGAAACACCGUUCUCCAUGGCUUUCGGUUCAGAGGCCGUAGUCCCAGUAGAGAUCGGAGAGCCCUCCUACCGAACGGAAACCUUCGCACCGAAGGCAAACGAGGAAGCGCUGGCUCUGAGCCUCGACUUACUCGAAGAGCGCCGAGCACAAGCCAACCUUCGGAACGAAGCUUACAAACAACGCGUCUCUCGGUACUAUGACUCCAGGGUCAGAUCCCGUCUUUCCGAAUCGGUGAUUGGGUCAUGCGGAAGGUCUCCUUGGCAACCAAGAAUCCCACGGAAGGAACCCUCGGACCUUCCUGGGAGGGACCCUACGAGAUCAUCGGUAUCCAGCGAUCGGGGACUUACCGACUCAGAGACUCCAAUGGAAAGACCCUCGGUCACCCUUGGAACGUAG